AUGGCUUCAGAGUGUCAAGGUAAGAGUUCAUGGCCAGAGCUCCUUGGAGCACAAGCAAGGGUGGCUAUAGUGACAGUGGAGACGCAAAACCCUAAUGUUGAUGCUCAGGUUGUGCUGGAAGGAACGGUUGUGAGCGGAGAGGUCUCACAUGUACAACAACAUCAAAGAAGUAAGAGAGGGAAGAAGAUCAGAGAUAUAGCAUCAGACUGUCAAGGAAAGAGUUCAUGGCCAGAGCUCCUUGGAGCACAAGCAAGGGUUGCUGUAGUGACAAUUGAGACGCAGAACCCUUACGUUGACACUCAAGUCGUGCUGGAAGGAACACCAGUGACUAAAGAUUUCUCUUGCUCUAGGGUUCGUGUAUGGAUUGACCAAAACAGAAUUGUUACUCGCGUCCCUGUCAUUGGUUAGAUUUCAAG